AUGAGUGCUGUGACUCUGCGACGAAAAAACAUGAAUCGGAUCGAACUGGUUCCACUAAGAGGUUCGAACAUGGCACAGCAGCAGAACGGAGGCGGUGGUGGAACCAGUGAGGGAGAAAAAAUACCCUCAACAUCCUCAUCAUCAAGGUCUGCAAAACUUGUUGAAGAAAGGAGUUCUUUGAUUAGAAAGCCGCCUAUUAACGAUCGAAUGGCUCAUAAAAAGAUGGCUCUUUCCGACAGAGCUACUGCUUUCCCUCAUGUUAGUGAUUUUAGAACUUUCGGAAAGGAAGAAAUAUUGGAGUCGGUUCUUGACAAAAUCAAUUCGCUUUCGAAUCAUUCAUACUUUGUUUGCGGGAGUGAUCUAAAUAGCUCCUCUCACCCUCAAACAGAGGGGAAAACUCCACUAGUUAUAUCUGGAAAGGCACCUAGUACAUUUUCUUCAGAUUCAAUGCCUUCCACUAUCUCCCAGUAUCAACGACACUAUAUUGAAUGGAAAAACACCAAACAAAUUGCGGAAAGCACAAAACAAAUUGCAGAAGCAAUCAAGAGGAAAGAACAUUCUGUUCCUUUUGCUACCUUUGGUGUUUUCUCAAUGGGUGAUAGUGUCUAUAAAAACGAUUUUGUCACUGAAGAAAAACUAAAGAUGCGAAAGAGUCAAAUAGAAAUUGAGGAGAGCAAGAGUUAUAUUUUGAACAACCCUUGGGAAAAGAAUGAAGACGAAGCCAAUGUAAAAGAAAAAGAAGGGCAGGAAGAAAGUAUUGCACAACCAGAGAAUGCUGAUAAUGGAGGAUCAACAAACUCCCAAGUGAUCCAUUCUAAUAACCAAGUCGUCGAAUCUCAAACCCAAGACAACUUGCAACAAAAACAAAGCCCAAUCACAUCUGCUACCUCGACAGCCCCAACAACAGAUGUGCCGGUUGCAAAAUCUCCAGAAGAUAUUCCAAAUGCAUGUUCAUCACCACCCAAUGACCAAAGUGAGGAUUUACCUGAAGAGAUUUCUCAGGCUCCACAUCAUGAAGUCAUGAUGACUAAUAUCACGAAACCUACAGAGUUCGAUUCUACAUCAAUUUUUUCCAUAGCUAGUAGUCGAAGAUCACAAAGACCUCCUGCUUCUGUAAUUUCUUCGAGUUAUUCAAGCUUUAGUAUGUCAAAGAAAGGUAUUAAGGGAGGAAAGCCAAAGUAUAUGCAAAGGCCUUUCACUACAUCACUGAUAGAGCCAAGAUUGAAAAAUUUGACAUCAAAUACAUCAUUUCUUCCUCCCAUAGUAUCAUCACCUCCUUCAAGACAUAGUAGUGAGAUUGUAGACAUCAGAAAUUUCACACCAAUUUCCUCUAGACAUGGAUUUCCAAGAAAAAAUACGUUUAAUUCUGUCGUGCGAUCAACCAAAAUGAUCGAUGAGCUGCUCUCCACUAAUUGA